CCAACCCAGCCUGAAGGGCCAUUUUCGUUCCCCAGCCAGAAGAUCGAAGGAAAAUAAAAAAAUCCAUUUUCGGACGGACAAAUACUGCUGCUAUAAAUAUAUCUUGGGAAUUGGGAAGAUUGUAAUUUAUCCGAAGAGAGCUAGUUACUUGCAUUUUAUCACGAAAUAGCCUGAAGGGCCAAAAGGGUCUGCAGGAUUGAUGGCAGAGAUGGAGAAGAAAGUGGUGGUGGCUGAUCAGAGGAGGGAGAAGGAAGAGGAGGAAAAGGAGAGUUUGAUGGAAAAGGUGGCAGUUUUGGAUUUUGAUAUGCUGUGUGCGACGGUGGCUAUGCAGAGCCAAAAGGGGAAGUGGGAUAAAUUGAAUGCGGGUGAGAAUGGUGAUGAAGAAGAAGAUAUAGUGGUUUAUGGUAAUGGAGGAGGAGUUUUGAGGAUGUGGGAAGGUGAGCUCCUUUACGAUUGCUUUGAUGACCGCCGCAUCGCCCUUCAAUCUGCCUGUUGUCCAUGCUAUAGAUUUGGGAAGAACAUGAGACGAGCUGGUUUUGGUUCUUGUUUUCUUCAGGGAUCUGUUUAUAUGAUUCUUGUUCUGCUUGCGCUUCUCAGUAUGCUCACAUUUCUGGGUACAAAGAGACGCUGCUUUCUUUAUUUGGCUGCUGCUUUUUCUAUUUCAGUGGGAAUAUAUUUGGGAAUUUACCGUACUCAGAUUAGGAAAAAAUUCAAUAUUAGGGAUAGCGAGAGUUCUUUCGAUGAUUGUGUAUACCAUCUCAUUUGCCCAUGUUGCUCCUUGUGCCAGGAAUCUCGAACACUAGAGAUGAAUAAUGUUCAAGAUGGCAUCUGGCAUGGUAGAGGUGAUACAAUAUGCAUAGGAAGCUACUCCGAAGGUGGUGGUAAGGCACUUUUUGAGCGAAAUCCACCUCCUGUUAUGUCAAGACAGUCUCCAGAGCCCCAGUGUAUUUCAAAAGCUACAGAUGAGAGCAGUCAUGUAUGGGCUGCUGAAGUUGGUCAAACUUCUCCCCUGGUUUGACCAGCUGCUGAACAAUUGUAACACUCAGAAUUAGCUAGCUAGCUCAGACAGAAAAUCGAAGCUUCAGAUUAAUGUCGCACAAAAGCGAGGUGGAAGCAUGAGAUUCAUUGCGCUGCUUGGUCUCGAGCGCAGCCUUCUUGUGGAAGAGUGGUGAAAGAUUUUCAGGUGAUUGAGUAGGUAGAUAAAGAUUACAUCCGAACUUUCUGAGAGUGGGGGAAUUCUUCAAGAAAAAGACCCUCAUCUCAUGUGUAUAUAUGGUUUCCACGAAAAUGUUGUAAAAAGAAAAAAUGUAUCUUUAAUUCAUUAUUGAAUAUCAUUAGAUUUCUGGUCGUUGGUCUCGAAAUUGAUCAGCUAAAUGAAGGGUUCUUUGAAUCUAUCCUAUGCAACUCUGUAAC